AUGACGUUUCGUCCCGGGAUAACGACAGUGCUCGCGUUGAGGACGGAGGGGAUCCUGCGACGCGACAGUGUCGACGUUCUCCCGGAUCACCUGUGGAGAGCAGUAACAGCCGCGGAUGACGAGCGCGGCCUCGGCUCUCGGCAGAGGAAGAGAGUGGAGACGUCACGUGGGGAGACGCGACCAGCAAUAGCCGCUCCGCCGCCGAUCACACAACAUUAACAUCGCUAGCUACCACGAGCUAACCUGGCUAGCUGCGAGGGGGUCGCCUUCCGAUUCGUCAAUAGAUUCGGAAUUUGCGAGUCCGACGGGAAACAAAAGCCCCCCCCCGCCCCCCCCGGGCAACACAGACGGCACGAAACGGGACGCACGUUACGGCCACGGGCGUUUUCCUUUUUUUUUUUUUUAUCGUGGCCGCGUCUCUCAUCCAGCUGGCAGGCUAUUUUUGGCUAGCUAGCGAAAGCCAGCGAUAGCGGACUCCUGCCUUUUGGCUAGCGUCGGGCUAGCCAGCUAGCUUAGCUAGCUAGCUGCUAACGUCGCUAACGGUGGUUGGCUAGCUAGCUAGCUGCUAACUCGCGUCAUGGACGAACUAGUCGUGGAAGUGAGGGGCACAAGCGGGGCCUUUUACAAGGCCUUUGUGAAGGACGUUCAUGAUGGAUCGGUCACUGUGGCAUUUGAAAACAACUGGCAGCCGGAGCGUCAGAUCCCUUUUCAGGAUGUGCGAUUUCCUCCACCGACGGGGUUCUGCAAGGAGAUAAACGAGAGCGAUGAGGUCGAGGUAUAUUCCAGGGCCAAUGACAAGGAGCCAUGUGGAUGGUGGCUGGCUAAGGUUCGCAUGGUCAAAGGAGAGUUCUACGUAAUAGAGUACGCCGCGUGUGAUGCCACGUUAAAUGAGAUUGUGACACUGGAGCGGUUACGGCCAGUCAACCCGAAUAAACCAGCCACGAAAGCCACCUUCAUCAAGAUCAGACUGGACGUACCCGAGGAUCUACGGCAGAUGUGCUCCAAGGAAUCGGCCCACAAAGACUUUAAGAAGGCUGUGGGAGGGUUCACCGUCACCUACGACUCAGAGAAAAAGCAGCUGGUCGUCUUGUCCGUGAACGAGGUCACAACCAAGCGGGCGAACAUGAUGAGCGACAUGCACUUCAGGAGCCUCCGCACCAAACUGUCUCUCAUGCAGCGGAAUGAAGAGGCCAGCCGACAACUGGAGAGUUCCCGACAGCUUGCGUCACGGUUUCAUGAACAGUUUGUGGUCCGGGAUGAUCUGAUGGGUCUUGCCAUCGGGACUCACGGGGCCAACAUCCAGCAAGCUCGCAAAGUCCCCGGAGUCACUAAUAUAGACCUGGACGAAGAGACGUGCACCUUUCACAUAUACGGAGAGGACCACGAGGCAGUCCGCCUAGCAAGGGCUUUCCUGGAGUUCUCUGAAGACGUCAUCAAAGUUCCCCGGAACUUAGUAGGGAAGGUGAUUGGCAAGAAUGGUAAACUGAUCCAGGAGGUGGUUGAUAAGUCCGGUGUGGUGCGGGUUCGGAUUGAGCCUGAAAAUGACAAAAAGCAGCAGCAGCAGCAGCAGCAGCAGCAGCAGCAGCAGCCGCCAGUGGCGGCGGCGGCGGCCGCAGCGGCCGCAGCAGCAGCAGCAGCAGCAGGAGGAGCAGACGAGGGACUGGUGCCAUUUGUAUUUGUGGGGACCAAGGAGAGCAUCUCCAAUGCCACAGUACUGCUGGACUACCAUCUUAACUAUCUGAAGGAGGUGGAUCAGCUUCGUCUGGAGCGUCUCCAGAUUGACGAGCAGCUGAGGCAGAUCGGAGGGGGAGGUGGAGGGGGAGGAACGGGACCCCGAAACCUUAAAGACAAAACCUACGUGUUUGACAACGGCAUGGGGCUGGGGAUGGGCAGAGGAGCCGGAGGAGGGAAGCCCUACGCAGGAGGGGGAGGAAGAGGGGGACGUGGGCGAAGAGGAGGAGGCACAGCUUUCGCCUCAGGCACCAACUCGGAAGCGUCCAACGCUUCGGAGACCGAGUCCGACCACAGGGACGAGCUCAGCGACUGGUCGCUGGCCCCCGCCGAGGAGCUGAUGACCGGGGGUGGGACCCUACCCAGACGGACAGAUGGGAGGAAGAGACCGGGUGGCGGAGGGCUGAGGGGACGAGGGGGGAGAGGACGAGGAGGAGGAGGGUAUAAAGGUGACGACAUGCAGUGGGGCGAGCCGAGACCUCGUCAUAUCAGAGACCCCAAAACUAGAGCCCAGGAAGACAGCUUACAGAUCCGCGUGGACGGUAACAACGAGCGUAGCGUGCAGCACUCGUCUGGGGGUCGAGGAGGAGGAGGAGGGCCUUCCUCGUCCCAGGGCAGUGUUGGCGACGGCCCGGUCCGUCAUCAUCAUCAGAGGUCCAUCAGAGACCGAGGGAUGAAGAAGGACAAACAGGACGCUCCCCCGCUGGUGAACGGAGUGUCGUAGAUACACCACUGGAGGACCUUCUCAUUUAGACGCGCACACACAUACGUACAUACUUACACAGACACACACACACACAGAGACACAUUCAGAAACACACACAGGCAUCUGGUCAUAAACCAUUUUAGGGUCUCCGUCUCUCUCUGUUUCUUUUCUUUCUCUGUCUCUGUCAAACACAUGAAUACACAUAUUUCAUCAGUUUACCGUAGUGAAGUCGUAGACCUGAGGUCACCUGGUGUCUGCUGGUCUGCUCUGCUGAGGUCUGGUCUGCGAGGUUACUGGUCCAGGGCUCUUCUUGGCUGGUAUUGUAUCUUGCGUUCUUUUGUAGAGGGACGAAUAAAAAUAAUCCUUACUUUGUUGUACAAAAAGAGGAGGGAUUUGACUAAAGCUCAUCUCUUACUACAGAGGCAUUAACCCCAAACAUUCCUCCCCAUCAGUACCAAAUAUUUGUUAUGGUUUGUUUUUGUCACUGGCCUUUUUCAAAUUGCUCACAAGAAAAGAAAAAAAUUACAGAAAAAUGUGGAAUUACUGCCAUGUCAGAGGGCAGUGAAACGUGUGCACCUUCACUUCUUAGAUUUGUUUGACUGAAACGGGGACAUGUACAGGACUCUGCAGCACGGAGGAGGUGACCUCUCUGUUUUGUACAGUGCAGGUCGAAAAACCACUUUUUUCUCCAAAAGUCCAACAGAUCAGUCACAAAUUUAUAAUAUAACCACAUUGAUUGAAAAAGUCCAAGUGUCUUUUAGGUAUGCUUCCAGAGAGACUUGAUAAUGAACUAAUGAAUUAUUAAUUUACGAAGGACGGGGCAGAUGUACCAAACUUCAGUCAGCAGUGAAGGAUUUCCCAGUCUCAUCAUUUAAGUCAUCCGUCUUUUUGUUUUCUUUGGCCUUCAUAAUGUGAAAUCCCUUCGUUCUCCUCAACUAUUCUGACCAAGCACGAAUUCAAAAAAAGUACAAUGCAGGACGUAUCAAUGGCGAAAAAUAAAUCUGAGGCACUUUGAUCCAAACGAACAGUUAAAAAGCUUUAACUGAAGCGAAGGGAGACGGGAAAGUCUUCAGCAGGUGAUUAACUGCUGUCCAACCCCCAAACACACCUACAGUAACAACAGUGAAUAGCAAAGUCCAUCACAAAAAAUGCUGCAAUAAAGGAUCGUAAAAUUCAACAUGCGACGUCCAGAAACGCAGAUAAAAACCAGUAGGUUCACAGUGUUAUACGGUUAUAGAAUAAAUAAUAAUAACUCCUCCUGACUAAAACCCUUGAGAUAUACAGAGGCCAAACUGUUGUGACCCAUCAGGCUCUGGGCAACAUGUCUGCCGUCAACAAAAGUCAGCAUCUUUGCACCAGACUAAUAAAAGCCUUUCCAACAUCGACAAUGGAAUAUUUUAUGGAGAGGGCUUAGUCCACAACAUAUACAUAUUGAUUUUAUUGUUCUUUUCCCCCACUUACACCUAACAAAGCGGUCAGGAGCAGGAUGCCAGUUAAAUAAGUGCAGCAACAGACAAACGGGAUUAAGGCAGCGACGUCAUUAACGUAGAAAAUCACGUCACCUGAUCACGUGAGAGCUUUUCUUUAAUUUAUGAAAACCUUUGUAUUUAACUUUUUUUGUUUCGCAGUAACUGUUUUUCGAGUAUUAGCGUAGAGGGAACAAGUUAUUGUGAGUAAUGCCUUGAUAUAAUUAAAAAAAACGUGGUUUAAGUUGAAUUCUACAUGCUUUUCCGACUUAUUCUGAGCCCACCCGUCUGUCUUAAUCUAAAUUUAUAGAUAUUCCAUUGGCUACGUUUUGUAAAUGGUAGGGUGCAAGGGAAUCUUGCUUCUAAAAGACUUUUGUUUCCGGUACGACAAAUUCCGGGGCACUGUAAUCACAACGUGCAGUUCAUCACUGUGACCCAUCUACCAUUCUACCAUACGAGUCUUUUUAAAUCAUUUUUAUUUUAUAAAUCUUUGUGCCUUGAAUUUAUGCUCCUCCAUUUUUGUCAAUUUGGCCCAUUCUAAAAAUAGCACCUGGCUUCCCCGGAUAGAUCAAAGCUUCUGUAAUACAACUACCGUGUUAUAGUUUUUUAUGUUAUCUCUGUUGGAUGAUUCAUGCCACGACUCUGUAUGAAUGUCAUAGAAGUCUUUUGGGGGAGAAGUAAAUGGCAUGAGAUCACUUUGACAGAUUCCCGCCAAUGCGUUUUGUCCCAGACGAUGUCACGGGGUGUUAGAGCUCUUUGACAUAGACCCGAACAACAACUGGGCAAUCGUCUCAACAAAGAGCUUAAAAGUGACUUUUCUUACCCGUGCAGGUUUCCAGACCUCAAAUUAACAUCAGACAAAGAGUAUUGAGUUUGCGCUCUCAUCUGACGUCAUAAAUAUUCUGCAUGGAAGGAUCCUUGCUAACAUUACCGCCCUUCAAAAUAACUACAGUUUAGGUUACACAAAAGCCUUCACCGAUCAUUUACACUCUGUUCACCCAAAUUGUAUCCCAAAUUCAACAACAAUGACAACAAUGGGCUAGCGUAGAAGGUAUUUGUAGACUCGUGAAUGCAAAGAAGAUUCAUGGUGACAUUUGUUUGGGUAUUUUUGGAAACCAAACUGUUGAAAUGUGAGAAAGUCUCUGUAAAGCAAAAGCAAAAACAAACAAAAAAGUUAAGGUUUCUCUGUGUUUCCGCGGGGGCUUCUCGACGUUUCACGAUGUACUACAUCAAAUUACUGUAAUCCCUAAAUAAAUUUAGAUCUCCCAUUCCUGUAGCCGUGGAAUUGUUCAGGAAGGAUCUUGGAUCUAGCUCACAAAUUGAAUUCAGCCUCCCUCAUGGCGCUGCCCUUAUAGGAAUAGUUUGACAUUCGGGGAAACAUUUAUUGCGUUAUUCCAUGAGAAGACGAAACAAAGAGCAUGGCAAAUAACAGAAGCCUGUCGUCUUUCAUGCGUAAGAAAGGCCGUGAAUGCUCAGAGAAACCUUAAAUGUGCCUUUCAAAUUGUGGCUAGUAAUCACAACCUAGACUUGUAAAUCAGGGAUGAUGAGAGACACCGACCAGAUGGGUAAAGAUGGCGAUUUUCUAAGUGACGUGAUUGAUUCAUUCACUCGAUUCAACUCGUGCAACGAACUACGUCGUGUGUGUGUUUCAUGCACUCAAAUACGACCGGUGACAGGAGGUGACGCCUCAGAGCAUUGUGGAGUUUCAUUUUGAUUUACCAACGCGUGGCUGAUGAGCUUGUGAAAGUGAGGGCGAUGGUCGGGGUGAAGGUGAAUCAGCACCAUCACAGAAUAUGAGUAAAUCCAUUGAGAUACACAUACUUGACGAACUUUACCAGGUCGCCCGCCGCUGACCUCUGGCGGCACACAUAACCACAUUGCACCUAAAUGGUCGCAGUCUCCGCCUGCAGUGCUGACAAUUUUUUGUGAGCUCCCUUCUAAACCCCAAGGGCGAGUUGCUCAUUGUAUAGGGAGACUUUGGCUCACCAGGAAACUGCCGUCUUUUACCACCUGGUCCCUUUUGAAACACUUAUCGUGUUGUACCCUUGUACAGUCGACGGACAUAAGCCUGUAGCUUAUGACCUGGUUCAAUUGAUCUGCGAAAUGGAUUCAGUUGCUUUUGUCAUGUUCUCGUCCUCCACUGGCUUCUUUGGAACCUUUGGCCCCGUUUGAAAGUUAGACCCCCCCCCCCCAACAUGUAAUCUUGAGAUGCGAAAAUGGUGCGACCCCAGUGUAACUAUUCCCUCUCCGCUUCCCGGAAAGUAAAUGAAGUAAGGACAGGAACUGAAAAAAAGGGUUUUCAGAGAUUGAGCCAGGUCUUUUUCUAUUUCAGAGAUUAGCGAACCUUCCUAGUCUUGCGAUGCAUGCACAUCUUUUAAUAUGGAUUUUGGAGAUAUUCAGUAGCUUUGAACACAAAAAAAACAACAAAAAAAGACAUACAUCAGUUUAGUUUUUUUUAGUCAGUGUUUCUUUGUCUCUUUGUUCCUCGACAUAAGACUGGCUGGAGUCGGGGAGCAUCCGGUGAUGACCAACGUCUUCUGACAAACCACCAGCUCAGAGUCAGGGGGCACAUGGGAACAUUUAAUCUUUUAGAAAACGUCUCAAGAAACGGUUGAAACACGCGUAAGGAAUCAAGAAACAGGCUUUUUUUCUUUCUUUUUUUCUGAAGUAUUGUUGGUGUCAGUUUCUCUAUCACUAAUCUGUUCUGACUUCUGCUUUCACUCGUUUACACUGCAGCCAUGUCGCAUUUUUACCUAGUACGCAUUUUCUGCAGUGCAUCAGCAAACGGUUCAAGUGAACGUCGCCUCUAUAUUGUCAAUAGAGAAUCAACAGUAUGGAGUUGCUUUGUAUUGUUAAAAACAAAACUAAAAAAACAUACGACAAAAGAAGGGAGGGUGUUAUACUGUAUAUACUGAUGUCAUUAUUUGUCUGAGAAAAUAUUUGUACAAUUGAUUCAAAUGUGCACUUAUCCUGAUAUCUUCUUUUUUUUUUGCUGUUUAAUAUCAGUUGAAUGCUAGACCUCUUGAUAAUAAACUUAAUGAUGUGUGGAAAAAAUA